AACCCAAACAAGGUACUAACAUGAUGGCCGAUCCCCCCACUUCCAUUCCCUCUAAACGAAAGUGUUUCCCUCCAAACGCAGUGUGAGAAAGGCAAACAGUAGAGUGAAGGCAACAAGAGGGAAAACACAGGACGAGGAGGAGGACGACAGUGGGAGUAGGUAUGAACAUUGCGAACGGAGGAGGACUGCCGCAGAGGACGGUGCUGAUUACUGGGGUGAGCAGAGGCCUUGGAAAAGCCCUAGCCCUAGAGAUUGCCAAGCGAGGCCACACCGUUAUUGGCUGUUCUCGCUCUCAGGAAAACCUCAAUUCCCUCCAAGCCGACCUCUCCUCUUCUUCUUCUUCUUCUCACUCCAACCCUUCCUCCUCUGAUAAGCACCUCUUCAUGAAUGUCGAUGUGAGGUCAAACAGCAGUGUUGAAGAGUUGGCCCGUGCUGUAGUGGAAAAGAAGGGUGUUCCAGAUAUUAUAGUAAACAAUGCAGGUACUAUUAAUAGAAACAACAGAAUUUGGGAGGUUCCAGUGGAAGAGUUUGAUGCGGUCAUUGACACCAAUAUAAAGGGUGUUGCAAACAUGUUACGUCACUUCAUCCCUCUUAUGAUUGAAAGCAAGCAAGGAAUUAUUGUCAAUAUGUCAUCUGGGUGGGGAAGGUCUGCUGCUGCACAGGUUGCACCUUAUUGUGCUUCAAAAUGGGCGGUAGAGGGCCUAACUAGGUCAGUAGCAAAGGAGUUACCAAGUGGAAUGGCAAUAGUUGCACUUAAUCCCGGUGUGAUAAACACGGACAUGCUUGCAUCGUGCUUUGGCAGUUCAGCUGCUUUAUACCAGACCCCCGAGUCUUGGGCACCGAAAGCAGCUACAAUGAUACUUAAUCUUACAAUGGCGGACAAUGGUGCAUCUCUCACUGUGUGACGGAAGCAUCGUCUGAGCAACACAUACUAGCAUUCAUUUGAGCAUAUGUCAUUACAAUGAAAAGCUUUUGUCAUAUUUAGUAAGAAGCCAUCAGGGUCCUUAGUACUGUGUCAUUUUGUAUUUUCAUUGCCAGGUUUUCUAGAGAAGACGUUGCAAUUGCCACUUAAAUGGCAAUUUGUUCUUAUCAAUGUAAUAAUUUCUAAUUCGGCCGAGGGAGCAGAAUUCCAUUGAUAUCAACCUAUAUGAGCCCGUUAAAUCUUCUUUAAAAUAAUGUGUUUGCUAUGUCCCUCUACAUGACCACGGGAUUUUCUGUCUCAAUCCCACUCCCAAUCUCAUGAUUGUGUAUUGAGAUUUUUGUGUUUA